AUAAUAAAUAUAUAUUCGUUGAUGUACUUAUUUUUCUACACAUUGAAAAAUUAAAAAUGAAGUGUAUUAUUCUCUUAUCUAUAUUAAUAUUUAUUUUUAUUUCACAAAUAUCAACUAAUCCAGAAAUUAUAAAAAAAACUCUAAAAAAAACUCAAGAAAGAAACCUAAAGUUAGAAAAAUUUAGAUAUGGAAGAAGAAAACUUAAACAUUGUUUGGAUAGAAAUAAUCUUAAUUAUAAAUCCAAAAAAUUUCUGAUCAUUGGAAGUUCAUUUGACUAUGAAAUGAAAGAAAUGCUCAGAGAAUACAUGUACCUUUUCGAAUAUAAAAAAAAAAAUGCACAGGAAAUAGUUGAGGAAAUAGUUGAAUAUAUUCGUAGUAAGCUCAAUAGAAAUCAGUUAGCUAAAUUUGGCUCGGUACAGUUGUGCAAUCAAACAAUAAGUGCAUGCGCAACGCUAUUUAUGAAAUCCCAUAGAAUAAAAGAAGUACCAAAUAAUGUUAUAACAAAAAUAAAAAAACGUAUUGGGCUAGGAAGAAAUCGUUCUAUUUCUUACUCCAUUAUAUCAGAUAGUGAUGAUGACCUAUCAAGAGUAACUUCAAAUGAAAGUUUCUUUACAAAUGUCGAUGAGGAUUUACCCAGAAAUGACAGUAUAGUCAGCGUAGCAGAAAGUUACUACACAACUACAGAAGGUAAUCUCUCUAGAGAACGGAGUUUAGCCACACUUUCUGAAAGAGGUUACAUAUCGAAUGAAGAUGAAGUAGAAGAUCCUAAUAUCGAAACCUAUUUUGUUGAAGAUAUUGAUCAAAAUGAGGAAAUUAUUGAAAAAAAAGACGACGAAAAAAAUGAAGAGAAUGAUGAAAAUGUAGAUGAUGUAGCUAAAAAAGAAGACAAAGAAGAGAAAGCUAAAGAUGACGAGGAAGCUAGAAAUGAUAAAGAAUCUAGAAAUGCUGAGGAAGCUAAAGAUGAUGAAGAAGCUAUAAAUGCUGAAGAAGCUAAAGAUGAGGAGGAAGCUAGAAAUAAUGAAGUAUCUAAAAAUGCUGACGAAGCUAAAGAUGAUGAAGAAGUUAAAAUUACUGAAGAAGCUAUAAAUGCUGAAGAAGCUAAAGAUGAUGAGAAAACUAAAGAUGACGAGGAAACCAAAAAUGCUGGGGAAGCUAAAGAUGAUAAUGAAACUAAAGAUGAUGAGGCAGCUAAAGAAGAUGAGGAUGUCAACAAUUCUGAGGAAGCUAAAGAAGAUGAGGAAACCAAAAAUGAUGAGGAAGCUAUAAAUGAUGAAGAAUCUAGAAAUGCUGAGGAAGCUAAAGAUGACGAAGAAGCUAAAAGUGCUGAAGAAGCUAAAGAUGACAAGGAAGCUAGAAAUGAUGAAGAAUCUAAAAAUGCUGAGGAAGCUAUAAAUGCUGAAAAAGCUAAAGAUAAUGAGAAAAUUAAAGAUGACGAGGAAACCAAAAAUACUGAGGAAGCUAAAGAUGAUGAUGAAACUAAAGAUGACGAGGAAACCAAAAAUACUGAGGAAGCUAAAGAUGAUGAUGAAACUAAAGAUAAUGAGGAAGCCAAAAAUUCUGAGGAAGCUAAAGAUGAUGAUGAAACUAAAAAUGAUGAGGAUGCUAUAAAUGAUGAAGAAGCUAAAGAUGAUGAUGAAACUAAAGAUAAUGAGGAAGCUAAAGAUGAUGAGGAAGCCAAAAAUUCUGAGGAAGCUAAAAAUGAUGAAGAAAAUAAAUACAUUGGGCUAAGAAAAAAUCGUUCUCCUUCUUCCUCCAUUAUAUCUGAUAGUGGUGAUAACCUAUCAAGAGUAACUUCAACUGAAAGUUUCUUUACAAAUAUCGAUGAGGAUUUACCCAUUAAUGACAGUACAGACAGCGAAGCAGAAAGUUUCUUUACAAAUGUCGAUGAGGAUUUAACCAUUUAUGAUAGUACAGUCAGCGAAACAGAAAGUUACUACACAACUACAGAAGGUAAUCUCUCUAGAGAACAGAGUUUCGACACACUUCCUGAAAUAGAUUACAUAUUGAAUGAAGAUGAAGUAGAAGACGCUAAUAUCGAAACCUAUUUUGUUGAAGAUAUUGAUCAAAAUGAAGAAGUUAAUGAAAAAGAAGACGCUGAUAAAACUGUAGAGAAAGCUCAAAAUGAGAAGGAAAAUAAAAAAGAAAGUGAUGAUAAAAAUAAAGAGGAUGAAAUAAAAGAAGUAAAAGACUGCGACAAAAAUGAUGACGCUAAUGAAGAUGUCUAGGAUAAUAAGAAGUAAUUUACUAAGAAUUUUACUAACUAUAUCUUAAAGAUAAUAAUAGGCAUUUUUAAAUUAUUAUACUAUUUAAAUUUAUCUGAUUAUUUUUUAUAUAUACUUUUAAAUGAAUUCCUGAUAUCAUAAAUAUAUAAGAUCGCCAAAAAAUGGUUCUCUUUCAAAAAUAGAACAAUAUAAUCAACACAAUAUAAUCAGCUACUUGUGGAAAUAAACCUAAUUAUUAUACAGAUUUUAAAGUAAUGCCUACAUAUAGAAUUUCUAACAUAAUUAAUCAAUUUGAUUUAAUAUUCUUCACUUCCAAGAUUAUACUAGGAAUCGUACUACUCAAGAUAUUUCUUUCUGGAACUUAGUUGAUUUUUCAAUUUUAAAAACACUUCAUUUUAUCAAAUUUCUUUGUACUUAAAAUAUUUUUUUAAUUAUUUGAGACUUAAAAUCAUUGAAGUGAAUUUUGUUUUGAUGUAACCAUUUAUUUAUUUAUUAUAUAAUAAUAUUUUGUUUUCCUAUUAUUAUAAGGAAAUUAAUGUCAAUUAAAGUUAAUUAAUUAUCAA